GGGCACGAGGUGCCCGGCGAGCGGCCGCUCUUCAGCGCCAGCACCUACGAGCUGCUGGCGCUGCUCAUCGCCACCAUCGGCACGCUGGGCGUGUGCAACAACUUGCUAGUGCUGGUGCUCUACUACAAGUUCAAGCGGCUCCGCACGCCCACCAAUCUCUUCCUCGUCAACAUCAGCCUCAGCGACCUCCUGGUGUCCGUCUGCGGUGUCAGCCUCACCUUCAUGUCCUGCCUGCGGAGCCGCUGGGUGUGGGACGUCGCCGGCUGCGUCUGGGACGGCUUCAGCAACAGCCUCUUCGGAAUUGUUUCAAUUAUGACUCUCACUGUUCUUGCCUAUGAACGCUACAUUCGAGUAGUCCAUGCAAAAGUGAUUGAUUUCUCUUGGUCUUGGCGGGCUAUCACAUACAUUUGGCUUUAUUCGUUAGCCUGGACUGGAGCACCUCUUUUGGGCUGGAACAGAUACACAUUGGAAAUUCAUGGAUUAGGUUGCUCAGUGGACUGGAAGUCAAAAGAUCCCAAUGAUACCUCCUUUGUGCUACUUUUUUUCCUGGGCUGUCUGGUAGCACCUGUUGUGAUCAUGGCCUAUUGCUACGGCCAUAUUCUAUAUGCAGUAAGAAUGCUUCGAUGUGUGGAAGAUUUUCAGACUUCUCAAGUGAUUAAACUUCUAAAGUAUGAAAAGAAAGUGGCUAAAAUGUGUUUCCUAAUGAUCUCUACCUUCCUUAUUUGUUGGAUGCCUUAUGCAGUUGUCUCACUCCUAGUAACGUAUGGUUAUAGCAACCUUGUAACUCCCACAGUAGCUAUAAUCCCAUCUUUCUUUGCCAAAUCAAGUACUGCUUAUAAUCCAGUCAUCUACAUCUUCAUGAGUAGAAAGUUUCGACAAUGCCUUUUGCAACUCCUGUGCUUUCGCUUGAUGAGAUUCCAGAGGACCAUGAAAGAGCCCUCAGGAGCAGGGAAUGUCAAACCGAUACGACCGAUAGUAAUGUCUCAGAAAGUAGGGGACAGGCCAAAGAAGAAAGUGACAUUCAGCUCUUCCUCCAUCAUUUUUAUUAUCGCCAGUGAUGACACUCAGCAAAUAGAUGAUAACAGCAAACACAGUGGGACAGAAGUAAAUGUCAUCCAAGUAAAGCCACUAUAGGGAUGAGCUACACAGACAUUAGAAUCUGAUGAACUCCAGUCAGUGACUGUUUGGGCUGAAGACAGGUUUCAGUGAUAGUGCCUGUGGUCUGCCAAAGGAAGUCAUAUUGAACUGUGAAAUACUGAAGUAAUUCUGCAUCAGAAGCUCUGUAGGCAGUUCGGUUUUGGUCACAAUAUAGAUAUCUUCACAUCUGUGCCAAACUUGAUGAAUGUUUUUAUUCUGAACUUUCUUAAAGCAUAUCAUAGUAUAUGUAAACCAUAGUUUAAUGGUACUCUGCCCGGAGGCCCAUAAAGAGAGGUAUCUUGCUGGGGCCUGUGCUGGGACCUGUCCAUCUUUACCAAUGACUUGGAGAGGUGACAAGUGCAUUCUUGUCAGCUUUGAAGAUAACACUAAACUGGGCAUGAGCAAUCUUUAGGCUCAGGGAUGGGACUGCCAUUCUGGAGAACGUGGUCAAGUUGAAGGAAUGAGCUGACAGAAAUGUUACUGUAUUCAACAAGAACAAGUGCAGAGUCAUGGGCUUGGGGAAUAGCCAUGUGCAGCACAGCAGGGAAGGCCCGGGAUGCCUGGGAUGUAGCUCUGUGACCUGAGCUCCUGCAUAGCAACAAGCAGGGCAUGAGCCUGCAGUGUGCCCUGGGAACAAGGGCACUGGCAUUCUGUGCUACAUUGACAAGAGCAGAGCCUGAUAGAUUGAGUGAAAUGAUUAUGCCUCUCAACUCAGCACUAUCGUAUCUACACUGCACCCAAUUUUGGAACCUCUGUAAACUGGAGUGAAUUUAUUGGGUCUGCCAAAAUUGUCAGGGUUUGAAGCACUUGGCCUGUGAGGAGAGUCUGGAGCUAUUUGCAUUGAAAAAGCCUGGAGAAAAGAAGUUUUCAGGGGAAUAUAAUAGCAACUUUCCAAUAGUGACAAAGCAGUUUUCAAGAAGAUAGAACCAGGCUGUUGAGGGUGAUGCAUGCUGAAGGGAUAAGGGAUGAGCAUGAACAGAAAGGAUGAGAUUCAGAUAGGAUAAAAAAAAAAGCUUUUUAACUUUGAGAACAGCCAAGCAAUGGAACAGGUUAGACUAGAGAAUUCCUAAGGUUCUUUCAGCCUAAGUUAUCCUAUGAUUUCCUAAACUGCCUGCACUUCCAGUGCACAGUUCUUAGGAAUGAGGGAGAAAUAUUUGAAAUUGGCUGGGUUUAGUUUAUCUUACUUGAUGCUUUGCAGGAAAAGGAAAAAAAAAAAGGUGAUAUCCACAAUGAUUGGUGCAGCAGUUAAACCAAAAACCACCUUAAGGCUGUCCGUAUGUACUCAGAAAGCCAUUCUGUUCUUGCUCCCUGGUGGAACUCUUGAGCUGUGUUGUGUGAUAAAGUUGUACAAAUCAAAGUUCAAAUGAAAAACAGUCAGUGAAAAAGGAUAAUCAGUUUUGUUUUAUUUUUGCUUGUUUGUUUGUUUCAAUAUGUACUUUAUGCAUCUUUACCCCACUUCCAUUUAUGAUAUAUAUUUAACAGGAGCCUUGUGCUAUAUUAAUGCUAACCUGUUCUGGCACUUUGGGAAAGUAAUGGCUAAAGAAGAGCAGGGGAACUUUUGCCUACAUUUUAGUGUGAGUAAUGAUUGUCCUAUUUAUUGUUCAGUAAACAGAACAGAAACAUUCUGAAAAAUUUUUCUCACCUUUGUAAAUGUUAAUCAUACUAAUUGACAGUGGGAUUCUGCUCUGGACAGAGCUGCCUGUCAUGUUGGAUGAGUAAGUUUGAGAACUAAUUUCGAGUUAUGGGAGCUGAUUCUCAGUCACAUCCAUUACACUGAUACGAUUUAUUUGCUUUAGUCUAAUAAAUGGGCAUUGUGAAUCUGCAACGUGCAGCUUUUCCAUCUUGGUGAAAACUGACAAAAGCUAUUAAGAAACUACUUGCUUCCUCUAGGGGUAAAUCUUUGAGAGGUAUAAGGUCAAUAACUGCCAGGACCAGGAGCCAUUGAUUUCAUGGUCAAGACGAAAACUUCAAAUAAAGGAAAAUCAGACCCCAAAUACAGAACCUUUUGGCCCCAGUCAUUGAGGAUAUCACAGUAUUCCUGGGAGUAGGGAUUGAUGAUCUCAACUCAAAAUAUGUGUUCGUGCGUGUGCUUUUGAAAAGGCAAAUUAUUAUACAUGCACCCCUCUAGAACAUCAACACUGGCUCUGCAUCAUAUUUAAAAGUACUUCUAGAGUGCGCUCUGUUUUCUAGAUUAAAUCACAAGCUAAGAGAAAACAUGAUAACAACUCAUUUCUUUCAUGUUAUUUUUGUUUUGCUAUAAAUGCAUAGAUAAAUUGUCUUAGGAUGUCAAGGGUUCGCCAUUACAAAAAGCAUGUUCAUUUCAAUGCCAACAGCUUUGUUUUCAGCCAGUGAUCACUGUAUCUAUGCACUUUUAUAUUUGCAAAAAGAGAAAGAUGUACCCUAGCAUUGCAUACAGUGAUUCCAUCCUUUUAACAAAAUGUUUUAUAUUUUAGUGUUUUGUGUAUAUUGAGCCUUCAGUAAGUGAUUAAAUUUAUCUUAUUUAUAUUAAUGUGUUCUCAGUGAAAUAUUUUUUUUCCAUAGAGAGGAAAGUGGUUUAAUAUCACCACUUGUUGGAGGCAGCUUGAAGGGUAUCAUUAGGCACUAAAAAAACCAGUAACAUUUCAAGAUUGCAAUUGAUAUUUUGUAGAAGAAAUACGAAUUUAGUAUAAGAAGAAACUGUUCAGAUUUCCAAAGCUAAAAUUUAAGUAAUUUAGAGCACUGUACUUGGAAUUUUUAAUAAUUCAUGUAAGACAAGAUAUUUACUGUGACAAUACCCUGGACAAUUAAAGUUAUAUUACAAUAUAGGAAAGCUAAUCAAUAAAAACUAUUGUAAAUUUGUUAUUUUGGCUACUUAAUGUAAAUUGGUAGCCAAAAAUGGUAGAAUUUGUAAACUGUUUAAAGUUACUUCUUCUUGCAGCCCAGUAAAAUGUCACUAGAUUUACAAGUACUGCUAUGUGCAGUUAGCAUGCCGCAGUCCCAGUUAUUCAUAUCUUAAGUGCAACUGUUUUCUGUGAGUAUCUGCAACACAGAAUUCACACCCUGCUACAGAAUUUAAAUAUUGUAAUGUUCGAUCUUGAGAGCAUCACCAGACUUAUUAUUUUUACUAUUAUUUUACAGAUUUCUUAUUGUUUUUUAAUUUCUUUGGUCUUUCUUUGAUCUGUUCUGAGGAUGAGUUGUAAAUGGAUAGUUUAUUCCAGCAGAGAUGCAGAGACCUUUAUCUCCCAUUUCAGGGAACAGAAGAGGAAGACACAGCACUGAGAUUUGGAUCAUUAGCUGUUCCUAAAGCAACAGAAAUGCAAAGAAAGAGGAGAAAGCAUGAAGAACA